AUCAGAGAAGUUGCGUCAUCCCAACUUCGUCGCCCAGAAAAACCUCGCUAUACUUUUAACAAAAUAACAGGAACGGGGGCUGUUGUUUGAUUAUCUCCAAUAAGCACCACCAUGGAUUCACAAAUGGAGCUGGACUCUGCAGAACCUCGAGGCACCAAAAGAUCCGCCGAGGACACGGAGGAGCCACAGAGGCCUAAGAGGAUCAGGGCACUUGACCCAGAUGUUGUGAACAAGAUUGCAGCAGGAGAAAUUAUUGUGGCUCCUAUGCAUGCGCUGAAGGAGUUAAUUGAGAACGCCGUGGAUGCUGGAUCGACAUCCAUUGAAAUCUUGGUGAAAGACGGGGGACUAAAACUUCUCCAGAUUACGGACAACGGCCAUGGCAUAGAUAGAGAUGACCUUCCUAUUCUGUGUGAGAGAUUUACAACGUCCAAGCUAAAGCAGUUCGAAGACCUUUCAUCUAUAGGGACAUACGGCUUCCGCGGCGAGGCUUUGGCGAGUAUAAGCCAUAUUGCCCAUCUCACCGUGACCACAAAGACUGCAGGCUCCAGCUGUGCAUGGAGAGCACAAUAUAGCGAUGGGAAGCUUGUCCCUCCUAAGCCUGGACAGAGUGCUGCGCCUAAAGCUACUGCUGGACGCGGUGGCACACAGAUAACUGUAGAAGAUUUGUUCUACAACAUCCCGACAAGACGUCGAGCGUUUCGAUCAGCAAGUGAAGAAUACGCCAAGAUCCUGGAUGUUGUCGGUCGAUACUCCGUCCAUUGCUCUGGAGUGGCGUUCUCGUGUCGCAAACAUGGCGACUCAGGCGUCAGUGUCUCCACGCCAGCUGCCGCAAACACAACAGACCGGAUUCGCCAAAUUCAUGGCAGCGCAGUUGCCAACGAGCUCGUUGAGUUCAAAGUCGAAGACGAGAAGUUAGGGUUCCGCUCAUCUGGACUUGCCACGAAUGCGAACUACCAUGUCAAACGAACUACCAUACUCCUCUUCAUCAACCACCGCUCUGUCGAAUCUACAGCCAUCAAGCGAGCAGUCGAACAGACGUACGCUAGCUUUCUCCCGAAAGGAGGCCAUCCUUUCGUCUACAUCGAUCUGGAGAUCGAACCACAGCGUGUCGACGUAAACGUACACCCCACAAAGCGCGAAGUGAACUUCCUGAACGAAGACGAAAUCAUCGAAUGCAUCUGCAGCGAGAUCAGAUCUAAACUCGCACAGGUCGACUCGAGCCGGACCUUCCUAACCCAAAGCCUCCUCCCAGGUAUAACGACGAUUGAGCCCCCGACACGCGACAGCGAAAGUUUUGGUGCAGUUCCCAAAACACCAUCCACGACCAAAAAGCCCUACGAACAUAACCUUGUCCGCACCGAUUCCAAAGUCCGUAAAAUCACCUCCAUGCUCACCCCGGCCACACCCCACACCCCGGCAACUCCCCAAGCAGACACCACUGCCCUCGACGAAGGUCUUCAAUACGAAACCACCAAACGCGGGCCGCACCGCAUCGCCUUCACCUCCAUCAAGAACCUCCGCGCCUCAGUCCGCAACGCAAUGCACAACACCCUGACCGAAACGAUAGCCUCGCACACCUACGUCGGUCUCGUCGACGAACGCCGACGCAUCGCCGCCAUCCAAUCAGGCGUAAAGCUCUACCUCAUCGACUACGGCAUGUUCUGCACCGAGUUCUUCUACCAAGUCGGUCUCACAUAUUUCGGAAACUUCGGAGUAAUCAAGCUCUCCCCAGCCCCCAAACUCAUCGACCUCCUCCGCAUCGCAGCCGACACCGAACGCGACGAACACCAAGGCUCCAAAUCCCAAGAACAGCAACAACAAGAUGAACAAGAAGAAGCGAGCGAAAUCUUCACCAACGCGCCCGACCUAGUCGCCAAAACCCUCAUCGAUCGCCGAGAAAUGCUAAACGAGUACUUCUCCAUGGAAAUUUCCCCAGAAGGAGAACUCCUAUCCAUCCCACUCCUCCUAAAAGGCUACCUCCCCAGCCUCGGCAAACUCCCCCGCUUCCUCCUCCGUCUCGGACCGUACGUUGACUGGACGAACGAAGAGGAAUGUUUCCGGACGUUCCUGCGCGAGCUCGCGGCAUUUUAUACCCCAGAACAGUUGCCCCCUCCUCCGCCUUCGUCUCAAACCCCCGAGAACGCCGAUAAGACAGAUGAAGAUGAGUUUAUCACGCAGAGACGGGCGCAGAUGGCGCGGAUGCUAGAACAUGUGGUUUUUCCGGCUCUACGGGCUCGACUGGUUGCUACGACGCGGCUUCUCCGGGGUGUGGUGGAGGUGGCGGAUUUGAAGGGGUUGUAUAGGGUUUUCGAGCGGUGCUGAGCCGUGUGGCUUGGUUGAAUCAUGGAUGAGAGGAUUGAUUCUUGAGGUGCUUAAGGCUCGGAUGUCGUUGUAUGCGUUUUGACUGGAUGCUUCCAACAAAUUGGUAGAAGCAUGUCAUGAAAGGUCUAGAAUAGGGUAGUAGUACCCUUGUAUGAGUAUAGAACUGCGGCUUUCGAAAAUGGGAUUGAAAGUCUAGAUUUAAUAAGCCCAAUCUUUAGAAAAGAGGGAAUUGGACACGG